UUUAGCUGUAACCAAUCAGUGGUAGCGAGCCUGAUCCUGUGAGAAUCCACCGCCUGGUUUUCCUGUUGCAGCAUGCUCAGACACACACGCUCUCUCUCUCAAACACACACACACUCCCACUCGGGCUGGUCAGUGAGGAGAGAGCGCGGAACAAACUGCUUUUUAUUCAGUAACGAGCUCAUUGAGGAGCCGACAGACUCUCACACACAGACAGACAGUCAGUCAGUUUCUCCUGCGGACUUCAGCUGCUCCACAUCACCGACUCCAACACUGAGGACUCUGCGGACUUCAGCGGCUCAUAUACGGGGAACUGUUUCUGCUUCUUCCUCCAGGCUGCACCGGGCUUUUCUCGCAGGUUGGUGCUUUUUAUUUCUGCUGUUUCGUGUUUUUAGCCAAAGUUUUUUUUUCCACUCUCUCUCUGAAAGCGUUUACAUAACAUUUUAAAGGAGGUCAUCCAGCUGAAGGAGCCCAGAAAUGUCAGAUCACACAUAUUGGGAAUAGAUUGCAUUUAAAGCUUCAAUGCAAAAAUCAUGAAACUUGAGAUUUUGUCUCCUUUGCAUGCUUGCAUUUUUGUGAUUUUAUACAUGUUUUUGAAGGUGUCAGAACAGGAGCGCACUCAUUGGCUGUUUUCCCCUUAAUUGCCUCAUUAAUCUAAAGUUGGAGGUAAUUAAACGCACCACGCUGGGGCAGCAUAUGGUGCGUUGAGACUCUCUUGAGUGUGUGUUAGUGUGUGUUUGAAAGGGAAAAGGAGACAGACUGACGUUUCAAUUUGCUCGUCACGCUGUAAUUGUGUAAUUGAAACCUCUGUUGUUGGCGCGGAGACAAAGUGUCCGAGUCUAAUUGACAAAGUGCAUCAAACAAAAACAACUCCUGGCAAACAAACUUUAGACCCUCUUUGAAAUCUGCAACCAUGACAAAAUGUUAAAUGUUGAUAAGCUGGAAAGUUUAAUCUUCAUAGUUGAAUCAAGUGCGAGAAAUGACAAUAACCCGAGUGUCAGAGCCAGAGUUUCCUAAUAUUCCAAAAAUUAAACAUGUUAACAGUCUGGUUUGACCCUUAAAACUGAUUUAUUGCCUCAUUCUGACUUUUAUAUAACAUGCAUUCACACUAAACUGAACUUCUUAUAGUCGGACUAACGUACCCAGACCAUGCAGUUAGGUCAUUGGCAUGCAAGGUAGUAGCUAAACAAAACUUAGAGCAUAAAAGAAAAGACGUUAAAAAAGAGGACAUCUUGCUAUCGUAUGAGAAAGCAAAAGAACUGUAAAAGUGACUGCGUUUAGACCCAUUAGACUCCUGCUAACAUAUUAGAUUGAUUGUUUAGAUGCAUACAGGAGUGGAUCGUCAGCUAAAAGAGGGAAUGUCACCACCAACUGUAAACUUGACAAGUACAUUAAGUGUUAAUAUAAGAUUGAAAAUGCGUCAUACCGCUCUUUUUUGGCUAUAAAAUAAGCUGUUGUGAUUGGUCCAAAAGUCUGAAGUGUCUUCCCUUAGUGUCCACCGGAGAAUUUAAGUUUCCUAAUAUACCAAAAUUAAACAUGCUAACAGUCUACUUUAAUAACUACGUACACAUGACGUAAAAAACAGAUUUUUUUGCCUCAUUCUGACUUUAAUAAAACAUGUGUUCACACUAAAAUUAACCUCUUAUAGUCGGAUUAACAUACCCAAAUCAUGAGGCUGGGAAGUGGCCUAAAGUUUGCAUGCUAGCUAGUAAACAAAACUUAAAGCUACUAAGAAAGGAUGUAAAAAAAGACGAAAUCUUUCUAUCAUAUAAGAACAGGAACAGAGCUGUAAAAACGUUUCAUCCCAUUAGCCUCCUGCUAACAUAUUUGAUUGAUUGUUUAGAUACGUACAGUAGUGGAUAGUCAGCUAAAAGGAGGAACGUUGUUACUUACUGUAAACUUGACAAGUACGAUAAGUUUUAACGUAUGAUUGAAAAUGCGUCGUACCGCUCUUUCUUGGCUACUUUUUUAAUAUUUGAAUGAUUAUAGUUGAGAGUUUAUUCUCUGGUACAUAUUUGAUUGAUUGUUUAGAUACGUACAGGAGUGGAUCGUCAGCUAAAAGGGGGAACGUCAUCACUUGCUGUAAACAAGUACAAAGUGUUAACGUAACGUACCGCUCUUUCUUCGCCAUAAAAGAAAAUGUUGUGAUUUGUCUGAAAGUCUGUGUGGCGAAUUUUUUACUAUUUGAAGGAUUAUAGUCAAGAGUUUAUUCUCGUACAGACACUGUUAUUAUUGGCGCUAGAAAAUGAACGUUCAAUUUCUACUUGAUUAUUUCUUCAUCUGUUUUCAAAUUCAAGAGAGACUAUCAAAGUUUUAGUUUAAAAAGUAAUUUUUUAGCUGAAUAUUCACUUCAAACAGAAACUCGAGAGUAUUUGGCACGUCUGCUUGAUUAAUGACUAAAUCAAUACUAUUAACGGUUCAUCUUGUUUACCCUGUUCUUGUUGAGAGUAUUCGUGUUUGGCAGGAUUGAGACAACACUAACGCCGUGUCUUAAUGUCUCUUGGCCGUCUCAUUUACCAUCAUGUUCUUUCAUUAAGUCGAAGAUUCAUUACUCAAACGUACAGAAAAUGAUCGGAGUCCGUAUCCCCAGUCAAUCCCCGAAGUCUCGUUUUAAAGUAAUAAUGCCAGUAAAAUUGACGUCCCAGCCUCUUAAAUGAUAAUCACAGCUCCGUAUAUUGACAGGAAAAGCAAUUUGAAGACAGCACCUUGGGCUGUGUAUGAUAAAUCAAUAUGAAAACAGCCAUUAGUUGGAGACCCGAUGAACACACAGAGAAGGAGAAAGUAUCUCUCUCAAAAUUGGACUCUUAAUCUGGCAGAGGGAGCAGACUUUCAUAGCUGAUAAUUAAAAUAAAUGAAGACUGUUCGCAGCCAAGACAGCAGCAGCGGCGGCGGAGGCCCAGACUGCUAAUGAAAUCAUUUUCAGGGAAACUAUAAGCGCAGGCAGAUUUCACAAUCUCGUAAAAAAAAAAAAGUGGUGGAAGAACACAAUGAAGUCAGGUCAGCUGUGAACAGGAAAAAACAUUGGCGCCGCUCCAGCCGCUUCACACAGCAUCCUUCCUCACGCCGCCGAAGCCGUCUGCGGGGUGAGGAGCGAGCGGUUCGGGUGUUUUUGGGCUCGAAUCCGUCAAAAACGGGAGGCUGCAGGUUUCUGAAUGAACUGCAGCGAGGAAAUCUGAACCAAAACAACAGGAAGGUCACCUCGAGACCUCCCAGAAGCGUUUUUAAGAACGUAAAGACAGCUGGGACACAUUUGUGAAAACAAAGCGACUAACAAGCGAAGACAGCCUGAAAGUGAAAACGAAAGUUACGCUAAAUCAAAGAUCCUUUAGGGAGUUUUUCCACCUUUUAUGAAAUAGACUUCACUUCACUUUGAUCAGCAUGUAAACAUACUGAGAUGGUGCACUGUGAAGUUGUCGCUGAUUUAAUCUUUUAAAGUCAUGGAUGACGAUCUGAGAAGCAGUUGAAAAAAACUGAGCCGUUGAGGCAGAUCUGAAAAAAGCGUCCAACCCCCCACACACAAACCUCUCCCCUCUGUGCUCCACGAUAACUCCCACCUGAACCUGUAUCACCCUCCCCACGACACACCCCCUCUGGCAGAGCAAGAAGCUGGCCGGUAGAAGAUCCUACGCUAGCUUCAAAACUAAAACAAUCGGCAAACACAUUAGCAAGAGGCUAACCCCCAGUUUCCACCAACAGUGCCAUAACCCCAUAAUUCCUACCGGGUCCAUUUGUCAGGCAAAUUUUGUGGCGGAUUACGGACAGCAGGAAUCGCAAGAACUCACAAGAACCCACGGAUUCACGUGCAAUCGUGCGAUAACAAGUUAUCUUUAGCCACAUAGGCUAGCCAUAUAAGCAGUAGAUUGUGUCCUUCUAGAGAAGGAAAUCGACUUGUAGACUUCUAGCGUCUCCUCAUCCAUGGUGUCAUUGGGAUGAAAUGCUGUCUGAAAACCUCGUCCCCGCCCAUUUACAUGGUGUGCCCGACUUCCUUUCCAGCACGGGUUAAUCGGUGCUGAAUUCAUCCGGCAUGCUCCGGCGUCCCAAAAAAUAUAAUUCUUGCGAUCAGCUGCGGAGUCCGGCAAGCCACAGCAGAACAGAAAGACGCCGGUGGAAACUGACACAUUAACUUCAAUGGUAACGAUCAGCUACGAUCGGCGGAUAGGGCCUUUUCGCAGCAGUUCCGGAUGCGGUGGAAAUUGGGGGUUAGCCUCUUGCUAAUGUGUUUGCCGAUUGUUUUAGUACAUGAUGAAACAGGUCGAACUGGAGUGUGAAGGGAACGAGUCGGCACCUACUGUAGCGGAGGUAAUAAUCAGUAAUUCCUGCUCUGUCCACAGGGGGCGCCAAACCUACACAAACUGAAAGUUCCCCUGAAGAGCUGAAACUCAUUAAAGGUUGACUGAUUUAUACAUUCAACAUGCAAAUAAAAUCAGGUGUUUGGAAAACAACCAGCUGGCUGCCGUGAAGAAAUACCUCUCGCUUAAUUUUCUCGAAGGCGGAACAGUAUUUAUAUCCCGACUUUAUUUUGAGCCGUUCGGAUGCAUCUUAAACAGUCAGGGUGGAAUAUUCUUGCUGCACCAGAUGUUUGUUAAUUCACCUUAAAAAUGCUAAAUGCCUGUUUGUUAUUUUUGCCGUUUUUUUGUGUGUGUGUGUGUGUGUGUUCGUUCGUUUCCUCGCCUGAGAGAAGAAUGUGUGCAGCCAGGUUUUCAUUUAUUUGUUUGUGUCUCCUGGACUCAAUGUGCUGCAAAGCUGUUCGGCAGAGACACCAUGUGCAGCCUGGCCCUGACAGUAAUCAGUCAAUGAAUAAUGAACGCACACACACGCACACAACACACACACACUCAUGCAUAGACCUGCCACUGACAGCUGUUUGGUAUCUUUGUGUGUGUGUUAACUCUAUCAGUCGAGUGCAGCUGCAUGCCUGCCUGUAGCAAUUAUGUUCUCGCUAAAUAAGAGCCAGCGCUGGGAGGAGGGGUGUGUGUCCCUAUGAGUGUGUGUGUGUGUGUGUGUGUUAGGGCACAUACUAUUCAGCGAUUAACUUACUCAAAGGACAGCCGCAUGAUGUGUGUACAUGUGUGUGUGUUAGGGCGCACACAUGCUGUUUGAACUGUGUGUAAUAUAAACCAGCUCUGGGACUUUAACAUGAGCCUCUAUAGGAGUCUUUUCACAAGAAACACACACUCACCACCUUUUUUUUUUUUUUUUUUACCUCCACACACAUCUUCUCGGUGACUUUUUUCUCAAUGUGUUUCACUCUACAUAACACAGACUCUGCUCCAUUCACGCUCAGUCAGACAUAUGCUCUGUUCUCAGGGCCCGCGCCACGCAUUUAUCCCGCCUUGUGACCCAAUCGCUCUUUAAGAUCCUCAAAGGCUCUGUUGUGUUAGGACCUCCAUUCACACACACAUGCACACAUACACAUAUGUAGACCUAUAAACACUCACUAACUCCUCUGGUGCCCACGGGCCGCCUCCCCCGCAGCCUUUUCAUGCUUAAUUUGCUUCUCAAUAGGUCAAGAGGAAAAGCAGACAUCAAGCGAACGCACACCAAAAAUCAGUCUUCUUGAGUCAUGCGGACGUCCAGACUUUGAGGUCGGCUCGAUUCCCAGACAGAUCUGGCUGCGAUGAUUUACCGGGUCAUAAGAACACGAGUAAAUCCGCUCUUAAAGUCAACAACGCCAUUCUUGUUGUGGUCUGAAGCUGGCGUGUGUUUAUGAGGAAACGCAAUUAAGUUAUUUGUCAGCUGUUCAGGAGCUGAUGGAUGAUCUGCACAGGCUACAAGUGGUUUGUUUUUUCAUUAAAGAGGGCGGAAGAAUGAUAGUUUAGCGGUGGAGCUAACGAAAGGAUUGAUUUUGCAGCGAAUUCAUCAUCCGUCCUCUGACGUUGAGCCAAAUACAGAGAAAAUAGUAGAGAUUAGCCUUUACCUGAGAAGGCACCAAAACAACCACAAAAUUCACAGUAGUUCUGGUGAUUUAAAGGGAUAUUCCGGCGAAAAAUUAAGUUGGGGCCGCUAGAGACCGCUUGCUUCUCUAGUUAUACCAACUUUAGUAACGACCAUACCAAAACGCCACUCUAUAGCCACCAAACAUCUUUUAGCUUUGCCUAGUUUCUUUAGCAAAGAGAGUAAACACAACUCACCCACUCUCCUCCAGCAGCCGUUUGUUUGUAAGGUGACCUCAGGUGAGUGCAUUGACUGCUGCGGGGUGUCGCAGCUAAAGGAAGAACCUUUGUGAUCAUUUCUUUAUCAUUUCCUUGAAGUAAUAAUCACCAUAUUGAUCAUUUUGCACUUCAGAUGUGGUAGUUCUUCUGCCUUAGCGUCUCGGUCUGAUUGUAUUUCCAUGAAGAAAUGAUCAUAAAUGUUCUUCCUUGAGCUGCGAAACCCCGCUGUAGUCCGUAAUGGACUGGCCUGAGGUCUCCCUACAAACAAGCAGCUGCUGGAAGAGAGUAGGUGAGUUGUGUUUAGUCUCCUUGCUUAAGAAAUGAGGCAAAGCCAAAAAGAUGUACUGUUGAUGAAGUAAGGUGCUGUUCUGAGCAUUAUUUGUGGCUAUAGAGUGGCGUUUUGGUUGAGCACGUGGCUCUGUGUAUUGCUAUUGUGCGUUCGUUACUAAAGUUGGUAUAACUAGAGAGGCAAGCGGUCGGCAACAUCCAUCUUUCGAACUCGGAAUAUCCCUUUAACUUUGACUAUUCAAGCUUAUUUCACUUGCCCUUUUUUUGUUGGUGCCAUUGAGUUGUUCCAAGUUGCUUUGUUAAUAUCUGGAUAAUCUGAUUUAAUCCUGCUGUAAAAUGCACUUCUGAACCAAGAGACAUGGUAAAGUAAAGGGCGGUCCAUGCUGUGAUACCCGAUUACUGUUGCAUCACCGUUGUUGCCCUGACGACACGUUUCCUUUUACAUAAUGACUAAUCAGAGUGGAAACGAGCACACGUUCACACAGGUGUGCGCCCAUUUUACCGCGCUCUUGAACUGAUUCGGGCCUUUGUGUGAUGUUUGGAGCUGGGAAACUGGCAGCACUUGAACAUGACGCUUAAACACAACGGCAGCUCUUCUCAAAUGAGCACGUCUGAUUUAAACAUGGCGUAAAUCUGUGAAUAGAUCCAUUCAUGCUCUUAUUUAAUGUCCGUGUUGUUUCUCUGUUUGUGAAUAGUUCUCAGGAACAGUCAGAUCCGACCGCGGGCCAUCUUGCAGUAAUCAAGUAUAAAAUUUCCCUUAUUUAAUCAUCUUCAUGUCUGGAUUAGACAUCAGUUUAUCAGAUCAUGUCCAACUAUCUCCUAAAUCUCUGUCCUGUCUCCUGUGACAUGGCCCUCUGUUUAACUCACACGCUCGUCUGUUGAUAUUGCGUAACGCUUCCUCUCUCUCUUCUUUCAGGCUCUGGGUUUUCUUGGUGAUGACCUCACUGCUGAUCCCUGGCACUGCCCACGCUGCGAUGAAGGACCUCUCCUCUUCCUCCUCUCCUCUCAGCUCCCUGCUCCACUACCCAUCCUCCAAAACCUCCGUCCCGUUCUCCCCGUCCGCCGCCGCCGCCUCCUCACCCGGAUCACCGCUGUCUUCGGCUAAACCUCAGCCCUUCUGCCUGCAGACGGGGCCGCAUCUUAUCGCCAGCAUGCAGCUUCAGAAGCUCAACUCGCACUACCAGAACCUCGCCGGUGCUUCUGUUGGACACCCGACACCCAAUGGGGCUCAAAGGGGCUUUGGCGCCUCGCCCCUUGGCACAGGGAACCAGCUCCUUGGUCCAUCUGCGGCCCUCAGUGGUGGCGGUAUGGGUGUGGGCAUCAGCAUGGGGAACCAAAGCUCUGGUCCGGGUGCAAUCAUCGACUUUGACCCCGUGGAUGAGGAGGUUCUGAUGUCGCUGGUGGUGGAGCUCGGUUUGGAUCGAGCCAAUGAGCUGCCGGAGCUUUGGCUGGGUCAAAACGAGUUUGACUUCAUGUCGGACGUACCUGCUGGAUGCUGACGUACAAGAAGAACGUAAAGAUUUGUGGAACUAGUUUACGAACAGGGGGACGAAUUCCUCUCCUACGUUUUGCUUUUCUCUUUUCCCAUAUUUUGGUUGAAAUCGAAGAAACGGAGACAAAGAGACUUUUUAUGGAAAGAAAGACGAAUACAAAAAAAUUAUAUCACGCUUUGGUUUAAUUUCUUUUUACUCGAGAAAGAUAGCUCUUAUUUGUUUUUCUCUUUUCAUUUAAAGACGAGCAGAGUAGGAACAGAAACAAGGAGUCCAACAAAGAGACUCUGCUUUUUGAGCAAGACGACUCUAAAAAGACAGGUCGAAGGUGUUCGCAGGAAACAAACCGUAAAGUUGGACUUCCUCAGAGCUGCUUUCUCUUGAUCUCGAUUUAGGAAAACGAUGAUUGGAAGUAAGACUUUCUGGGAAGUUGCUGAAGGAUGACAAACACUAUGUUUCCUGUUUUCUCAACGGACAAUAUUAGACUCUGGUCUCGUGGGAAAGAGACUCCUGAUCCGUCGCCUUCACAAAGACACUGCUUGUCCGGGGACUGGUUAUCUCAAAGCUCUUCUUUUCCAUUUUGUCUUUUCAUUUGAAUGAAGUUCAACCACUCGUGGUCGUAGGACAUGUUAUUUAAGACUGCGGCUGAUAACCAUCAGGGUGUCUGGACAAGGAGCGCCUCUAUCAUCCAUUCUACUUUUCUGAGCGUAAUGAAUUAGAUCAAGAGAUGGGGGAUCUUUCAGAGAACGGAGUAAACUGCUUUGGAGGACUUGUGGUCUUCUGAGUCACCGCUGCAUGUACAUUUAGUUUUCUGGCCAACAGAGAGAGAAAACCCUGUACCAGAUGGUCAAGUCAAUCUGUUGUCAAUUAUCUAAGAGAGCACUUCCUCUUUUAUUGAGGAUACAAGGUCUGGCCUUAGUGUACACAACCCUAACAGCAAGAACAGAUACUUGUAUCUAACCUCUGCUUUGACUUUGCCAAUUUCUUUGUUUUUAGUCACUUUGAGGCAGUCUAAUGACAUGGUUUGGUUUCAACAGUUUAAGAUGUUGAUAUGUUCCAGUUUGGACGCUGGUAUCAAAGCUAGAUGAACAUCUCAAACCUCAAAUCAUUAAAGAAACACGGCUCUUGUGUGCCGCUAACAUAUCAGCUUCUAAAUCUGUUCAUUUUUACCGCCUUACUCCCCAUCAAAGACGGUCAAUGCGGUAAGAACAAGUUGGCCAACCGGCAGUGUGCCGGCGUGCGCGGUUGUCAUGCUCUUUGGGUUCAGUUGCAACCAACGUUUGUUUAACUAAUCUAAAAGGAGUUGCGCUCUGGUUUAGCGACUUGUUAGCAUGCUGGCCUCCAAUCGCUUUGACGCAUUUGCCUCAAGCUGCUAAUUUGAAACUUAAACGUAAACUUCUGGAGCUUUUGGUUGUCAGAUGCUUGAAUUUACCGGCAAACAAAGCUUGUAAAAGCAGCUGGGAUGAAUUUCAAACACCAUCCGCAGAUUGAUGUUGACACAUUUUCAAAUGACGACAAAUUUCCUCGCUGACAAAUACGCGUUUGACUCGAAGUACUUGGGAAAUGUGAUAACAAUUCAGCCGUCUUCAUCCCAGCUGUUGCAACCAAAUUCGUUUCCAGCAUUUGCAUAUCCUUCAUUAGACCUCUGCGGCACCGCCAGCUGCCAGAUGUUACCUGACGAUUUUGGGUCACGUCUAAUCUUACGCUGUAAUUCUGAGGGAAAUAUCUGAGUCCAAUGAGCAGGUGUUGUUUCCAGACUCAAAAACCCCAGAGCCAACUGAUACCCCUCUCUUCAUCUCCCUCCUACCCAUAGGGGCUGUCAGAUGGAUGCAUGGGGGGCUCUGACCUAUAUCUGUUGUGGUAAAAGGAGACGGGGGCCCGAGUCGUGCUGCAGCAACAAAAGCCUUUCACUUGAAACUUGGUGUGUCUGUCACCUGGACUUUGUGAGUCUUCUCUUGGACCGCACUCAUGAAAUAACUACGAACAUGCACACAAUGAUGUGCAGAUAUGUGUUUCGCAUAAAAGAAACCAGAGUUCAUGUAGGUAUACAAAAGGCAUGGAAAUAAACCUGACGCGCACAAAGACACACUCACACACAGCAGAGCGAGGAUGGUAUUACAGCUGGGAAAUGGGAGUAGCAGCCGUGAAACAGGCACUUGUUCAGUUACACACAGACUUUACAGAGAAUCGGGGUUAAGAGCGUGUGAAAGGAGAGUAACGUUAGCUAAAAAAGAGAAAGAACUCAAGGAAACCGGGAAAUUCUUGUUAUAAAUUGUCUCUCAUGUGAGGCUAAUUUUAACAUACCUGAGUUUGAACCUUCACUGAUGGAAAAACGUCUCUUUUGCAACACAAACUACAUCUUCAGUGUCAAGAUAUGUUGACUGAUGAGGUGAGAAAUUCACUUUUGAUUCUUUCAUGGUGCAUUUCCACCAAGCAGUCAAGUUAGGGAUCGUUUGGCGCAGUAUGCAAAUAUUGUCGAAAGAUGGGAGAGGUUCCAGAAGGUGGAGCUGGACGCAGUGCAGUCAAAUACAAUGACAAAUGUGGAUUUCAAGAGGGUAAUUCAAGAUUUUGGAGGAUUUUUUGGGGGGAUAACACCUCAGCGUUUUCGCGAAUUCAUCAGCUCAGCACUCAUCACAUUUGAGAUUAACCUGACCUGAAAUUUCUUCGUCUUGGGUCCAUUUAGCUCUGAAAAGUUUUAAAACAGGUUCAACUUGCUGACACCUUGAUUCAGUAAUGUGGUUUUUAAACACUUUAGCAAGAGUGUACAGUCACAGGUCAUGUUUAAACGUCCCCAAUAAACACAAAUUACCCCGCAGUUAAACGUUUGCUUUGGUCUGACCACAGCUUAAUGGCGUGUGAAGGUAAACAAUGAGCAGCAGGUUCUUCCUAAUGAAGAACUCUGCUCGGCCUCAUUAAUGUAUUUAGACAAAGACAGGUUGACUUACACACAGCAACUGCUUUCUUUGCACACUCCACUAUUAGCACAUAGAGGAUCAGUUUUCAUGUCCUUUUUUCAAUAAAAGUGGUAAAUUAAAACAUGAUGAAGGGUUCCUUUAUAGAAAAAAAGGGGAUUUGGCAGAUAUUCCCCAUCCUGAAAACAAACACUUCAUUCAGUGAGGAGCAGAAGAAGAAGGAAAAAAAGAUGCUACUCAUCUCUUCCAAAUCCAGCAGACAGACACACUGAUUCUUCUCUUCCUCUGUCUCUUUGCCUAAGUGGGUCAAAAUAACAUACUUCACUUGAGGUCAGUCUCCUGUUCGUUUCCAUCUGCUCGGCAUUGUUUUUAAGUCGUUUUUCUGUGUGUUGUUCUGCGGUAAUCCCAGCUGGUUGAAUGUUAUUUUUUGCUGUGUGAGAAGUUGCCUGGUGGAGUUGUUUGAAUCAUCUGAGGGCUUUCAUUUCCUCUUCUCCUUGACGCUCAAUAUUGCAGAUUAACCCGAGAGAGCAGAGACCUCUUGAACUAAAAUAUACCUCACAGCUAUACAGUUGCUUAUAAAAACAAUUUAAAAUGUUUUUGAAAGAACUCGUUUUUGUGGGUUUUGGUUUGCUUUGAAUACCUUGGGUGUAUUUUAUGUCUAAAUAAUGCACUAAAUGAUGAGAUUAUCACAAUAAAUGAAAUUACAGGCCUGGAACCUAUCUAGCUGAACAUACAAAUGGUUUUAUGCUGAUAAUCUCAGAUUAAAAUCCCCCGGGAGUGAAUCAAAACAUUGUUGAGAGUCAAGAUUUUGUAAUAGGCUCACAAUUUGCCAAAAAGUCACAAAAAAUCCCAAAUCUCUCAAACUGAGGAUUCCCAGCUUUUAUACUCUUUACAUAAAAUCCCCAAUAAUACCAUUAACAUUCCUUGAUAAAUUAUGAAUGAAAAUAUAAAGAACAAAACAAAAAUAUAAGGAACGCAACGUAAAAGUACCAAAUUGCUGUGUGAGUUGGGAUUAAAUGGUUUUUUGAUUUAUUAGAAAUAUUAAAUCACUAAAUAUUACACAAUGUCAGAUAAGUUUAAGCUAGCUCAGUAGCUUAAUCGGAUAGCUUCACCUUCAUUGUUGGUAAAUAUGCUAGCCUGUGAACCAAGCCUGGCAUUAGGACAAAAGUUAACAACAUAUUGUUAACUUUUUGUCCGUAAAGCUGCUGUUAAUUGCUCAAAAAAUGGUGAAAAUAAACAACAAUUUGCCAUUUUAUGAGGGUAUCACGCACAGAAAGACGUUACCCUAGCAGUACGCUGUUGCUACUGCUUUAGCGAGAUAAAGUGCUCUUAAAACUGCUACGCUGUUUUUGUGGUUUUUGGUUUGCUUUGAAUACCUUGGGUGUAUUUUAUAUGUUUAAAUAAUGCACAAAAUGAUGAGAUUAUCACAAUAAAUGAAAUUGCAGACCUAAAACCUGUCUAGCUGAAAAUAAAAACGUUUUUUACACUGAUAACCCUAGAUUUAAAUCCCCCAAACUGAAUAAAAACAUUUUUGAGACUACAUAUUUUACAAUUGGCUCUAACUUUGCCAAAAAGAGUCACAAAAAAGCCUGAGUUACUAUAUUUAGCUUCUCAGUUUGAUGAUGCUCUGCAAUAUUACUGUUCCUAUAUAAUCUCUAAUAAUGUUGUAAAAAUUACUUGAUUAAAUUAUGAAUGAAAACAUAUAAAAACACCCAAGUUUGCGACCUAAUGCUACUCAAAGUACCAAAUAGCUGUAUCAGUUGGGAUUAAAAAGAUUAGUUUAAGCUAGCUCUGUAGCUUUAUUGAUAAUAUGCUAGCCUGUGAUCCGAACCUAGCAUUAACACUGUUUACAGAUGCAAACAGCAGCCCCAGCUACGAUUUUAAAGCUAAUAUAAAACACACUCAAUAUAUUGUCAACUUUUUGUCUGUGUAGCUGCUGUUAUUUGUUCAAAAAGUGGCUAAAAUAAACGACAAUUUGCCGUUUUAUGAGGGUAUACACGGAAAAUCGUUAGCGCAGCAAUACGCUGUUGCUAGGCAACAAGCAGAACCAGGAAGUUGCUCCUCCCGUUCGUUCGUUUAUCGAGCUUAACUCGCCUGUUCUAAACGCUGAGAUGAGUUUUCCUCCAGAGCUCCGUGUCAGUGUAAGCUUUCAGGACCUCUACACGUCUGGAUUUACCGUCGCAUUGUGACAGCGGUGAUUUGUUACACGCCCGGCCGUUUGCCUGUGGGCCUCCGGGUCGUGAAAAAUGUUCCAACACAUCACGGCCUGCAAAAACCUUCAACACCAGCAGUGAUGUAUCUGUUACAGGGUUUCCUCUGCACAUAAUGAAGAUGUUCAGCCACUGCUCUCCUGAACAAGCAGACUCUGCACUGAUUUAAUCUUUUUCUUUCCUCAUAUUUACUUUAAAACAUUUGAUCAUUUCCCAUUUUGUGGUUUAAUUUCAUUGUUUAUAUGAUUUUUUUUUUUCUUACAAUGGAAUGAAUACUAUUCAAAGAUGAUUUUAAAGCACUUUUGCUCACCGGCUCUCACUUGUACAUCACUACGAAAAUGUAAAUGACUGAGUUAUAUUGAAAAAAGGCUUGUAUUUUUGUUACGGAUCUGAGUUUGAGGAUGAAUAAAGAAAGAGAAAAUAUCA